AUGGCUUCCCGUCCCCAGAACAUUGGCAUCAAGGCCAUCGAAAUCUACUUCCCCAGCCAGUAUGUGGAGCAAUCCGAGCUCGAAAAGUUCGAUGGCGUUAGCGCGGGCAAGUACACAAUCGGUCUCGGCCAGACCAAGAUGGCCUUCUGCGACGACCGUGAGGACAUCUACUCUCUCGCCCUGACUGCCGUCUCCCGUCUCCUCAAGAACUAUGAGAUCGACACCAACUCGAUCGGCCGCCUCGAGGUCGGUACCGAGACCCUUCUCGACAAGUCCAAGUCCGUCAAGUCCGUCCUGAUGCAGCUUUUCGGCGAGAACACCAACAUCGAGGGUGUCGAUACCAUCAACGCCUGCUACGGUGGUACCAACGCUUUCUUCAACUCCGUCAACUGGAUCGAGUCCUCCGCCUGGGACGGCCGUGACGCCAUUGUUGUCGCCGGUGAUAUCGCUCUCUACGCCAAGGGCAAUGCCCGCCCUACCGGUGGUGCCGGCUGCAUCGCCAUGCUUGUCGGCCCUGACGCCCCUAUUGCUGUCGAGCCCGGUCUCCGCGGCAGCUACAUGGCCCACGCCUACGAUUUCUACAAGCCCGACCUGACCAGCGAAUACCCCUACGUCGAUGGCCACUACUCCGUCAACUGCUACACUGAGGCUCUUGACGGUGCCUACCGCGCCUACAACCAGCGCGAGAAGCUCCUCACCAAGGGUGUCAACGGCCACACCGAGGACAGCACCAAGACCCCCCUGGACCGCUUCGACUACCUUGCCUUCCACGCCCCUACCUGCAAGCUCGUCCAGAAGUCGUAUGCUCGCCUCCUUUACCACGACUACCUUGCCAACCCCGAGAGCCCCGUCUUUGCCGAGGUUCCUGGCGAGGUUCGCGACAUGGACUAUAAGAAGUCCCUGACCGACAAGGUCGUUGAGAAGACCUUCAUGGCUCUCACCAAGAAGCGCUUCCAGGAGCGCGUCAACCCCGCCAUCCAGGUCCCUACCCUCUGCGGUAACAUGUACUGCGGUAGCGUUUGGGGCGGUCUCACCUCCCUCAUCGGCCACGUCGACAGCGCCCAGCUUGAGGGUAAGAGGAUAGGCCUCUUUUCCUACGGCUCCGGUCUCGCUGCCUCUUUCUGCUCUUUCCGCGUCACUGGCAGCGUAGAGAAGCUCGCCAAGACACUCGACCUCCCCGCCAGACUCGCUGCCCGCCGGGCCGUCCCCCCCGAGGCUUACGAUGCUAUGUGCGACCUCCGCAAGCAGGCCCAUCUCCAGAAGAACUACACCCCCAAGGGUGAUGUGUCUACUAUCGAGUCCGGCACCUACUACCUCGAGAACGUCGAUGAUAUGUUCAAGAGGACAUACUCCGUCAAGGCUUAA